UCAAUGACUCCACCAUCUCCCAGAUGAAUGGGGAGCUGCAAGCACUUACGGAGAAGAAGCUUCUGGAACUGGGGGUGAAGCAACACCCUCGUGCUUGGUUUAUAUCACUCGACGGACGAGCCAACGCUCACGUGCGCCACUCCUACAUAGAUGUAGGUGCCGAUCUCAGCCACAGUGGAACACAUAGUGGCAACCACAGCGCCCAAAGCACAUUGAGCGCCCCUGCCGGGAGUAGUAAGGACCGAAACGUAGACACAAGUCUCCAAGACACCCAACAUGGGCGCAAGCCUGUAUCCAGUCGCAAGAACAAAGAGGAACACCUUGGAAGUGGGCGCAAAGGCCAUGGAGGAAGUAGCUCCAGCAGCACAAGUGGCGGGAAACACUACUCCAAACCAACCUACCAUGACCCUCUGAACCUAAGUGGAGGAGUGAGCCGCAUGGGAGCCAGUUCGCCAUUGGAAAACCCAUUGACCCCUCUUUUGGAUGACGGUCCUGAGGAACCAAGGGGGUCUUCAAUGCCGAGAAGGGGUCGAAGCCGGGGGAACAGCUCACGUAGUAGCAACAGCGAAACGCAACGUGACUCCGUCACCAGCCCGGAAGAUGACAACGACCUGGAUGACAAGGAUGAGAACAAGAAGAGUCCCUGGCAGCGGAUUGAAGAGCGCCCCCUAAUGGUGUUUCAUGCCAAGAAGUAGAGUGAGAAAUCAAUCACAGCAGCUGCCUUGAAUAAUUGGACUAACUAGAGAUGUGUUCAAAUUGAUAAUGACUCUGAAAGUUUUACAAACGUCACCCAAUGAUAUUUUCACGAACCGACUAUUUGUGUCGUUAUAAUUUGAUAGACAUUUCCAAAAUGAUUGUUGUGCCAUUGGAUUUGUUUUUGUCUUUCGAUGACAACGUACUUUCACUGAUCAAUUUGAAUGCGUCUCAGGGGUCAAAGAACACAAAUUUGGUGGCAUCAUAUCAUACCAUCUCAGUGUUUUGCACACCAAAAAUCACAUUAAAUUCAAGAAGUUAUAGUAAAAAGAAUGCCAUUGCAGAUGGAGGAACACAAGAUACCAAACAACAGGGCGAGUGCAUUAAAAUAAAGCACAACACAACAUGCUGGUCUACAACAGGAAGACUUUAUCUUACAGUCCACAAAGACAUUAUUUUACAGUCCCUCUAUUUCCAUACCAAUCAGACUCUUACAAACGAUUGCAUCCAAAAGUACCGAGUACCUUUUAACUCUCAAUGGCUUGCUGAUAGACUUUUUCAAUGGAUGGCUUUCGCUGAAGCUCGAGUCUUCAAUAUAUUGGAUCAAGAACUUGAUGUUUUCCAAAACUUCUUGUAAAACUGUUAGAGACCCAUUUUCUUAUGUUCUGAUGCAGUAUAUUCCUUGGUAUCUCUUCCCAACUUGCCGUUCUUCUACCUUCGAUACUCAUUAUUUUGAUGUCAAUUUCAAUUUUCAUUCUAUCUUUCAUACUAUUUUAUACGUUUUGUGCAUUGCUAAUCUGAAAUUUACAGUUCAGGUUUCAAACAUUCCAGAUUUUUUACUGUUUGUCCUUAAGUAGAUUAAUUAAAAUAAGAAGGCUUAGAGUUCACAUCUAUGUGAUGUUAUAGAAAUGUCUAAGUCAUUACACAAUGUAUUUUUGAUUUAUUGUAUUAUAUGUUAUGCCACAGCACAUUUUCCACUCCAAUGCUGUUCUUGAAUAUAGUCUUUGAAAAUGUGGUAAGCCUAAACUUAGCACUUGUUGCAUUAAAGUGCAGAUUUGUAUAGGAAAAGCUGAUUCCGAAUCGGGACCCCAAUCUCACUUACAGUGAAAAAGCAUUGACUGUGAUACAGUAGAUAUGAAUGUACGUUCACCACAGUUAGCAUUUUCAGUCCAGCUUUUCAUUUGUUUAAAAGAGAGCCAUUAGCAUUUUGUGUAUAUGUAUGAUAGCCUAUAUGUGCAUGAGAUAACUAGUAUAGGACAACAGAUUUUUUAUGCCUACAAAUUAAAAUAGACACUAUCAAAGCAUGAAGGUGGAUAAUAGGUGCAUCUGCUACAGAUGCCUGAUGGGAAGAAAUUUGCCAAAAUUUCAAAUGAAAUAUUAUAUGCCAGUUUACAGGCCAGUGUUUGGCCAAUGUAUUUCACUCCGAACUUUUCCAGCGCUGUUAGUAUUCACAUUGUCUGCAUUGCAUUGACUGUGACAAAAUUCUGACUCGGAUCUUUUUAAUAAGCCAUUCAGAUAUUAAAAGCUAAUCAUUUAUGACACUUCUUGACUGUUACUUUUCUAUUUACGAUUUUUAAAACUAUUAUUUUUCCCAUGUUUACCAUUAUUAAAGCAAGCACAUGUCAUGUCAUUUAUAAAGCAACAUUUUAUGAAUAAUUAAGACAGGGUACCAUAAGGAGCGUGAAGGCUGAGACACUCAAGAGCUAUUUGACGACUAUCAAACAUAAUACAAAGAGACUUGAACUAAAAUAGCUCUGCUCAUGCUGAUCUGGUGCCAAUCUCAUGUAGAGCAGUGAUUAACGCUGUCUCUUGUGAUGAUUGUCAACUUGCCACAAAUGACACCACUGUUGCAACAUGUCUCAUAUGUGUGUCAUUUGUUUUGCAACCUUUCAUAACUUCCUUAUAAUAACUUGAACUGAGAUUAAGUACUGGCUUAUUUUAUACUAAAUUGGCGAUUAAGAGUGAGACUUAACAUCUAGUGUAAGCUGCAGUGGUGGAACUCUUAAGAGGAUUUUAGUAUGUUUUAUAUUAUAUACUAGGUGCUGAAACCCUUAAACCUUACAUACUGACCCACAAUUUCACUGAUUUUAGAUUUGCUACACUCUUUUUAGCAUGAGUUUUACUCAAACCUACUAGAACUGAAAUCAAAGCCAUUCUCUUCCUCUGUCUGUUUAUAUUUUGUUCACAGCCUGUGGGUAAAAUUUCAGAGGAAAUCUCGAUAUGCCUUUAUCAAUGUACAUUUAUCACGUGAUGUGGUGCUCUGAAACACAUUUCCCUCUGUACUGUGUAAAUAUCUCUCUCUCUGACUGAAUAUGAAUAUGACUCUGAUGAUAUUAUGAUGUUGUUUCCAUUGUGCACAACGUUUUUGCUUAAUUGUUCUAAAAUCAUGUCAGAUGGAACUUUUGCAAUUUUAUAGUUUGUUCAUAAUAUCCUAGAAAAAAGAUCACAUGUGAAAUGGACUGUUUAACUUCUGACGUGUCCGAAAGU